GGUGGGCCGAAAGCCCGGGCUUGCGGAGCCUUCGUUCGUCUCUGCCGCUCCGCCCAUUUUCCUCGCCCCUAACCGGCGGCGGCUCUUCUAGAAUACUCGAUGCUGCGGACGGCGACCGCAGCGGCGCUACGGCGCGUCUCGCCGGCCCCGGCAGGAUCCGUGCACACGCCGCAUCGCCGGGGCCCGGAACUCCAGGCGGCGUGGGUCCCCUUGUACAAACGACUGUCGAAGCUGCCCCCGGCGGCGCCGCUGGGAUGCGUGGCGGCGGAGCUCGACCGAUGGCUCUGCGAGAGAAAACCGCUCUGCGGGCACCAGCUCCUCUUCUACGUCCGCAAGCUCCGCAACUUCCGACAGCACCGGCGCGCCCUCGAACUGAUGGACUGGAUGGAAGCUCGUGGAGCAAACUUGCUUCCUGGGGAUCAUGCGCUGCGGCUUGACCUUAUAUGCACAGUUAAUGGGCUAGAAGCUGCCGAAGAAUACUUCUUGAGUCUUCCGGAUAUGUAUAAAUCAGUAAAAACAUAUUCCUCUCUGCUUCACUGCUAUGCAGAACACAAGGCAGAGAAAGCUCUGGAACUGUAUGAAAAGAUGAGAACCAUGAACAUCGUUCCGAAUACACUGGUGUACAAGAAUUUGAUGUCCUUGUACCUGAAGACAGGCCAGCCAGAGAAAAUCCUUCAAACAUUUGAAGAAAUGCGAGCAAAUGGCGUACGGACAGAUAAUUUUACAUACUACAUGUUGACAGAAAGCCAUAUUAUGCUUAAUGGCCUAGAAUCCACCGAGAAGUUCCUGGAAGAUUUGGAGAAGUCAAUUCCAGUUCACUGGUCCCUGUACACUCGGCUGGCUGAUAGCUACAAUAAAGUGGGGCAGUUUGACAAGGCGGGAUUGACCCUAAAGAAAGCUGAGGAAGUCAUGGACAGGGGUGAGAUGUUUGCAUGGCAUAAUCUUCUCUCUCUCUACGCUAGUUCCGGCAAUUUGUCCGAGGUCAAGAGGGUUUGGUCAUCUCUGAGGUCAGAAUUGAAGAUAUCUUCAAACAGAAGUUACCUAGUGAUGCUCUCAGCUCUGAAAAAGCUAGAUGAUUUCGACUGCAUGCAGCAGGUUUUCCAGGAGUGGGAACUCACUCAAGAGAGCUACGACAUGAGGAUACCAAACGUUAUGAUCAAAGCUUACCUUGCCAAGGACAUGACAGAUGAAGCUGAGGCGCUCCGCCAGACAGCCAUGGCCCAGGGCCAUUCCAAUCCGCUGACCUUCUACAUAUUCACCGAGUCCUAUCUGGAGAAAUCUAGGACCGAAGCAGCGCUCGAGGUCUGGAGGGACGCAGGGAAGAUGGUCAAGACCCCAAACUGGGCACCGCCACCAGAGCUCGUGAAGAGAUUUUUGAAGCAUUUCGAGGAGGCGAAAGAUGUGGACGGGAUGGAGUCGUUCUGCGCAUGCCUUGAGAAGCUGGAGUGCCUCGACACAGAUGCUCGCGACGCCCUGUCCCGGACCUAUGUAGCUGCAGGCAGAAAAAAUCUCUCCUCUGUCGCUCAUCACCAGAUUGAAGAAGACAGCAUCGAGACUAGACCUGGCUAGAAGCAAAGGCGCACCGCUCCAUCCCACCAUUGUCGGAAAGACCCCCCCCCCCCCCCCUUCUCUAAUUGUUAGGCGUUGAUGGCCUGAGCAUGGGCUCUAUGUUUUUGCCCUUCAGUUUCACGCUGAUAGCCUUUAUUUCCCCUUUAGUUUCAUGCUAUAUAUAGCCUUGCCCUUGUGGCAUCAGAGAGAGAUAAACAUGCAAUUACCAGCUGGUUAUAUACCAUUAGCCUGGUGGGCUAGAUGAAAAUGGCAAUCAUAAUUCUUGAUGUACUGACUACUAAGCUCCUUGUAGUCGAGGAAAAAUAAAAAGGAACGACUAAAACUCAGUCGACUUGGUUCU